GGGCGGGGGGACGGAGGGGCGACGGGACCCUCCCCAAACGGAAGCGGAGCGAAGGGCUGAGCGAGAGUGAGAGCGGCGAGGAGAGCGACGGCGAGGAGCGGCUGCUCAGCACCCCCAGGAGGAAAAAGCUAAAAAGCACUUCAAAGUAUAUUUAUCAGACUCUGUUUCUGAAUGGUGAAAACAGUGAUGUUAAAAUAUGUGCCCUGGGAGAAGAAUGGAACUUGCACAAGAUAUACCUCUGUCAGUCUGGCUACUUUUCAAGUAUGUUCAGUGGGUCUUGGAGAGAAUCCGGAAUGGACACAAUAGAAUUGGAAAUUCCUGAUCAAAAUAUUGACAUAGAAGCCUUACAGGUUGCCUUUGGCUCACUUUACCGGGAUGAAGUGUUAAUCAACCCUAGCAGAGUCAUUGCCCUUCUAGCAGCUGCCAGCAUGUUACAGCUGGAUGGCUUAAUACAGCAGUGUGGUGAGACAAUGAAGGAAACAAUUAAUGCAAAAACCGUGUGUGGUUACUAUAAUUCUGCGGGAACAUAUGGAUUAGAUUCUUUGAAAAAAAAGUGUCUUGAGUGGCUCUUGAACAAUCUGAUGACCCACCAGAGUGUGGAACUCCUCAAAGAACUCAGCAUAAACCUCAUGAAACAGCUGAUUAGUUCCUCUAACCUGUUUGUCAUGCAAGUAGAAAUGGACAUAUAUACUGCUUUAAAGAAGUGGAUGUUCCUUCAGCUGCUGCCUUCUUGGAAUGGAUCGUUGAAACAGCUGUUAAGUGAAGCAGAUGCCUGGUUCUGCAAGCGCCGGAAAGAUUUUGAGGAUGGGAUCUCAUUUUUGGAAACAGAACAAGGAUAUGCAUUUAUACCUGUGUUCAAAUAUCUGAGGCUGCAGUAUAUAAUCAGCGAUCUGGCAUCUGCAAGAAUUAUUGAAAGAGACAGCCUGAUCCCUGCAGAUUGGCUGUUCUCUGUUUACAAACAGCAGUGGUUUGCCAUGCUUAGAGCAGAACAAGACAAUGACUUUGGGCCUCAAGAGAUUAAUAAAGAGGAACUAGAAGCAAACAGUAUGCGGUGUGGCAGAAAACUUGCCAAAGAUGGUGAUUAUUGCUGGCGAUGGACAGGCUUCAACUUUGGCUUUGAUCUGCUGGUCACAUACACCAACCGUUACAUUGUCUUCAAGCGCAACACGCUCAAUCAGCCCUGCAGUGGCUCCGUCAGUCUGCAGCCCCGGAGAAAUAUUGCUUUCAGGCUGCGCAUGGCUUCUUUUCAUAGCAGUGGGAAGCUUAUUUGUAGCAGAACUGCAGGAUACCAGAUACUAUCCCUGGAAAAAGAUCAGGAACAAGUAGUGAUGAAUUUGGACAGUAGACUGCUGGUCUUCCCUCUGUACAUCUGCUGCAACUUUCUGUAUACUUCCCCUGAGAAGAGAAGAGAAAACGAUGGGCAGUGAGAUAAGCCAGCCAGCCGAGAUUGACUUUUGAAACAUCUUUUGUGGUCACUCUCAUUUGGAAGCUCCUGAUGCCCUGAAAGAAACAUCGUGAAAUGGUCUUAUCUGUUGAAGAGAAAGAGAGGGGCAUCUGACAUCCUAGGGUGGUCAGCCCAUGCCCAGCCGUUAUGACUAAUGGGUGAGAUACGUUGGGAGCUAUAGUUUUUGAGGCAUUGGGAGCCACUCCUGCUGCAGCAGAUAUAUGCAAAUCCCACCUCACGUCUCUACAUUCCUAUACACCCGUCUGAAUAGCUGAAGCUACUUACUGUUACCCCAUUUUCUCCUGUAAGUUCUCGGCCCUAGAGAAUGAGACAUAGAAGGAUUGCCACCAGUUUCCUGGCAAUACAGGAAGACUUUGAACACCAUUCAUUAGCUGGGCCUGCUUAAUUAAAAGGGAGUGGGAUGAUGUAUCAAUAAAGCCCACAAAUUAACUUUAAUGGAGAACACAACAUUUUUUUUAUGGUCUCUUGAUUUGUUCUUCUGACCAAGCCUUUCAUUGUUAAGGGUCAGUUCCCGGCUUGGUGAAAUCUCUGGAUUGUUUUUAAUUCAUUAUACUUGUAAAUAACUUCCUAUUGAGUUGAAAACUUUAUAUAUCCUGUUAUGUUUCCAAGAAAUAUAUAUAUUUUUAAGCAUU